AUGGCAGUUGACAUUUUUACCACAAUGAAUGUAAACAAGGGAUUUGCUAUCUAUACCGAGCAGUCAAUGACGCAUGGCAGUGAUUUCAGUCUGAGACCAGAAAUGCCGAAGGCAACGUGCGAAAGAGAAAAAG